CACCACAUGUGCUUUUGACUGGAGAGCUGCACGGCUAACUUCCUGCUGUGGUCUCAACUGCAACACUUCAGCAAAUGAGAAAAAUCUGCGAUCUUUGCUGUAUGUGUGGCUUCUUUAACAUUCCUCACAGGUGGUGUUUUCUCAGAUUCCUCUCGAGCCGGCUGAUAAAGGUCUUAUCACACGUUCACAGAACUUUGACCUGGGGAGAAGAAAACCUCCCUCGCUUGCAGAGCCGUCUGAGCUGCUCCUCACCCAACAGAACCAAUCAGGAAAGAGCUGGUGUCUUGUUGAUUUUUGGAAAUUGAAGGAGAGGGUGAGAAGAGCUUCACUAAAAGAUUUCUCACCAUGAACCGGGCCUGGGCUGCGUUCAAGGCUCAUCCGUACAUCAGUAACGUCCUGGGAUACACAACGCUGUUCGCCUCUGCUGACCUCAUACAGCAGAGUGUGCUGGGAGGGAAACACACUGCAGGAUCCGAGGACCCAGCUGGCAUCGACUGGUGUCAGACUGCACGAGUGGCGACUGUCGGCUUCUGCUUCCAUGCCAACUUCAACUACCACUGGCUCAGGUGGCUGGAGAGGAUGCUGCCGGGAGGUGGAGUAAAGGCAGUGACAGGGAAGGUUGUGGUGGAUCAACUGAUUGCAGCUCCACUCACCAUCAGUGCCUUUUAUAUUGGUUUAAGUUUACUAGAAAACAAAGAUGACCCACUUGAGGACUGGCGACAGAAAUUCUGGACAUCUUACAAGACUGGAGUGGUGUAUUGGUCCACAAUGCAGGCAGUGAACUUUGCCCUGGUCCCCCCUGUGGCUCGGACAGUGUUUCUGGGAGGAAUCGCACUGACGUUCACAAUCUACCUUUGUCACCUCAGACAGCAGCAGGACCAGAAACUCGAAUAAACUUAAGAUCUUUGGCUUCAUGAUGCAAGUUUUUGGACUAAUCAGUUUCUUUCUUUUCUUCUGCUUUUAUAUUGAUUGUUUGUUUUUGUUUUUGUUUUUCAUUAAAGAUGAAUUACAAGGGACUAAACAGCGAUGUACUACAAAUACAUUGUGACAAUGACUACUGUUAUUUUGUUUACAACUCACAAUGACAACAGUUGAGGCUGAUUUUUAAGGGCAGAGUUCGUUUGCAGAGUCAAUACAUUUACUGAGGAAAUAAGGGAGAAUCACACAAGACUGACAAACUGAAUUGUAUUGAAUUGUAUUGAAUAAUACAACUCUGCAUGAGUUCACUCCUGCUGAUGACGGUGGUGUUACAACCGUGACCUCAGAGAACAAUGGUUCUGCAACACUGUGUUGUUGCAUCAAAUACUGGAAUAACUGUUGAAGUUGUUUUUUUAGUUAAUAAAAGUAAAAGGCUUUUUUGUCUGUUUUUUUCUGGGUCUGUACAUUUCAUUUGUUUGUUCGUUCAAAAUAUAUAAUCAUGUAAAUAACUCCUUUUAUUAAAUACAAAUGACCGUUG